AUGGAAGAACUUAGAAGGGCGCUGGCGCUAGUAAAUAGUCAAGGAGUUGAGUUUAUGGCGUUUGUGAAAGACAAAGACCACGUUAGAAACGAACCGACUGGAAACCAUUUCUUUUCAGAGAGUUUUGUAUCAUCUUCAAUCGAAAAGGACCCUCCACUGGCAUUUGACCUAUUGGUACACAGGAGAAGAAUAACUGUUUAUGAAACAAACAUCGAGCCCAUGAUAGCCUUGCCGCUAGAUCGACCAGUACUAGUCCAUAACUAUCUAUGUGCUGCAUUCAAGUUGUUGAGACAGCUGCCUUGCAAGGCAAUCGCUAAGCUGUGGAUAAAAAUAAUARAGCCAAGGAAGAAGACGAGGUUCCCGUAUAUCAAAGGCGAUGCUAAGAAGCCGACAUGGUGGCCCAAGGAUGUGGAGCAUAGAGAGCCGGACCACCUCAACAAAGCAGACCGACUGAAUCUGAUGUGCACCAUAAUAAUGGAUGUUUUGCCGCAGAUGCCCCACAGCCUUGAAAUGGUAGACGAGCUUGUGCGAGUGACUGUAGCAAUGCCCAUUUUCAAAAGGGAGAGCGUAAAGAAAGUCAUCGUAAAGAACAUUUUUGAAAUUGCAAAAUGUUUGUGCGAUAAAGCCUCCAAACUUGAAAGUAUAGCACUUGCUGACUUGAACGAUUUAGCCCUUAAACAAAAAAAAAAAUCAUAUCACCGCCAUUCAUCAAGUGUCAUUAAAACGGCCAACGCGGAGGAAGAGUUGGUUCAACAGUCGAGUACAAGUGAUUGCUCCCCCUUGAAGGAGCUUUCAAUUAUUGAAAAUGACACGGCAUGUCUAUCCAAAGAGCAUUCGAUUUAUCCUAUGGAUCGAAAUCUCCAAAAUAGCAUGUCCCAACUACAACCGCUUGCCGAUUUUGGUCCGCUGUUGCUUUCCAAAUCAAAUGAUUUCAGCGGCACCGGUUCAUUGCAUAGCAGUAAUGAUCUUGAGUGUUUUGUUUGA